AUGAGACCUCUCCAAUUGCAUCCCAAGAUACGUGCAGCUGCAAGAUGGAAAUACUCGCACACUAGAACGAUUUCCACCGCCAUCCAUCAACCUGAUCGUCUUCCGUGGAACACGCUGGUAUCCAACUUGCAGUACGACCCCCAGGUCGAUUGUAAAAAUGGCAGAGCAAACCUCACGUUUCGGUUUCAGCAUAACCAGAGUGGAUUGCUAAAUUACUUUGUCGAUUCUUUGAUCCGGGUCAUCAACGAUCAGGCAGAUGAACUACGCCGCACUUUUCCAGUAAACUAUGAAACUCCAUCAUCCGAUGAUGUAGUAAUUAGCGAUGAAGUGGCCAUGAGAAUCUUACCUCUUGUCCACACCUGGCGGUCGCAGUGCUGGGACGGAACCUCGGACAAGCACGAAAUGGGAACUACGAACGAUACUGUCGAGUCGGAGCCGUGUUCGCAUACGGAGCACGACAAGGACUGCAAGUGUGCAUUGCCUCUGAAGGAGAGAAAGAUGGCAGCCUUCCUCAGACAGUACGAGGAGAAUGAUUGUUAUUGCUUUAUGCAAGUAAACGGCGAUGCCUUUUUCAACCUCGAGAUCACCAAGACUCUUCUGAUACAGGGAGAAAUCGACACAAUUUUGAAAAUCUUUUCACAUCCAGAUGUUGAUUAUUCCGAAUGGUGGAACCAGGCGGAAUGCCAUUGCAAUGUGAGCGAGUUCAACAUUGGGUUAGAUCAAAUCUACAACAUAGCUUUGAGAUCAUACGUUACCCUCAAUGCACUUCUUCAUUUUCCCCAGCUGUGGGACCAUGCAUUAUCUCAUUCAGAGGAUGCCAAUGAUUACCGGCAACUGUUAGCUUACAAAAAGAUGGUAAUGGAAACCACGAAGACGAAUCCGACGACAGAGGUGGCUACAUAUCCACACAGGCAAUUCUUUGGCAUAACACGGCCCCAAUCCAAUGGUUUGACGGGUCUCAGGGAGCCAAUACCCUGGGAGGAACCCUCAAAGUCUGGGAAGUACUCAAACUUAGAAGUAGUUGGAGUACCUCGUCGACUAGUUGUGCCUCACCAUCCAUUUCAUCCUGACAACUUGGAGAAGCUGCACCUGUAUCUUGAGUAUUGCUGGAAGCUGAUUCUGAGAUGCGUCCUACUAGACCGAGCCCAGGAUCUCAGCUUUGGAGACGAGAUUGAUACGAUCACCAAGAUAGUGAACGAUCUGGGCUCUUGUGGUUGUUGCGGAGGCACGAGCGCUAUGAAAUACGGGCCAUACGGGGGAGAAUCACAAAGAUGGAUGCAUAGGUUCGUUUAA